AGAGCUAACAAGCAGCAUAUCGUUCAUUUGACUGCUGGUAAUUAAUUGCGUCACAGAGAACAGUACCUCGCAGUUUCCGUGGUAAGUACGCUGCUUCCUUUUCAGUUACAUAAUCAACUACUUCUAUUUUCUAUGAGUGUAUCUCAGUGUUCGUGGCUGAAGCAGCAGUCGGUUAAUUGGUGAUUAGGCUAGUGCUCUGAGCUCGUCUUCCACAUAGCCAUAGGGUAAGUUCGAGUUUUCGUUCCCAGAAGCUCAUAUGUAAGUUGUGUUUGCGUUUGCGUUUGCUGAUGAUUCUCGUCCCUGCAAGCGAUUGUCUACAGCAUAAGUUUGGGGCUAACUGCUUGAACGGCAGAAAUCUUAAUGUGAGAACAGUUGAGGUUCAGCUUGAUUCUGUAGCCGAUACUAAACUACCUGGCAUAAAGAGAGACAACUGUUUUUAAAUAACGGCAUCGAAUAUAGGAAAGCGACUUGGCCUCUUGAAAAGAACAGAUAAAUUUCUGUGACUGAAAGCUGAGAAGUUUGUUUUACGACUCACUUAUCCAGCUAAUACUUGACUACGGGGGUUACUUGGGGACAUGAAACAAACCGAAGCCGCCCGUCCAAGACGUAAUCAAUUUACAGAAACGAUGCGCCAGAGUAAUCCUUGACAAAAAAUGAGACACCUCCUCGGGGCCUUUAUUUAGAGACCUUAACGUCAUGCCAUGAUUUGAUAAAAGACAAGAACGAGCUUACAGUGGCAUCCAGUCACGCUUACUUGGAGAUUAGAUCGAGAAAGCUUAGGAUAACUGUAUAGGAAUAUUUUUAUUUAUAAAAGUGACCCUGUUCUUUUGGCCGGUAUUACCGGAGAAAAUGGUACCGUCCAGCGGGACAUCCUGAGUUUUAGCAACAUUUGUUAGGAGGCAUAUCAUAUCUGGGUUUUUUAUUGUUAAACGGUCAUUCUUUAGGUUUCCAAAAGGCCAGGGUAACUAAACAGGAGUGGUUUUUUUUUCGUAAAAAAUGCCUUGUCGUUUUGGCCUGUAUUAUCUAAGGAAAUAGUACCGCCUAACAGGACAUCCUAAACUAUGUCAGCAGUUGCUUGCAUGUAUUACUACAUGACAUGCAGCUUGUUAUUGUUACAUUGUAAUACAUAUCUUGCUCUCUGAAGGCUUUUUCCUACCAGCUGGGGGGGAUAGCUGAACAAAGAUAGUUUAAUUCAUUCCUUGUUGUUGUAAUCAGAUGGGGAAGUGCAAAACCCUUUUUCUGGUUUAACAUUUGAAAUCCAAGGAUAACCAAACAGGAGUGGUUUUUUGAAAAUUGUCUAGCGUCUGAACUUUUAACAGGGCACCCAACGCGAAUAUAGUUCAAAACCACUUAAACAUAGCAUUGUUGAACGUAUUUUAAUAUUUAAAAGAUAGAUGUAGGCAUAUUUUUAUCCCCCCAAAAUUUUUUCAUCUGUUCGGAUUUCCUAGCUGAAAGUCUAGUGAUCUGAAAAUUAUAGGGAUCAAAACUUACAUUUUCGAAAAUUUCAGCCAUGAAAAAGGCUCCCGAAAAUUCUAGGUGACCUUUUUAAGGGUGAAAAUCCGUUAAAAAUGGGCAAUUAUUCCAUUUUUUAGAUGUUCGAAAAUCCUAGGAGAGGCAGGCAAGCAAGAAAUUUUACAACAAAAGUUCUGAAAAUUCUAGAUCUCAAAUCGUCUUCCGAACAGAUAUUUUCCGAAAAUUGACGUUGGGUGCCCCUGUUUUAAUACCUGCGUAUAGUUGGGCAUUAUCCGGCUACUAAGGUACUCUGCAGACUAAUCAGUAAAAGUAGUGAUGUAUGAAAUUUGUUUUGAUGGAUAAUACUUAAAAGUUCACAUUUAUUUUGAUGGAAUUGCAUAAUGAAUGACUUUCCAUUAAAUAAUGUUUAUUGCAAAGGUGAUGAAAUAGCAAAACCUACCAUACAGACAAAGACACCACAAUCAGUUGAGUUUAAUUGCUGUGGUACAUCUGUAAUGUAGAAAUUGAACAGAACUUGUAACUGAUGGGUUUCUGUAAUUUCGUCCAUGAACGAAGAACAAAGCAUACCGUAAAAUUCCGAAAAUAAGUCCUGGGCUUAUAUUUUUCAAAGGCCCUUUUUGAGGGGCUUAUUUUUGGAGGGGCUUAUCUACGGAGGGAAAUUUGCGUUUGAAAAUCGAUUGGGCUAGCCUUAUAGCUGGGAAUAAAUCUACCAUUUUUGCUUUGUUUUACUAUAUAUUUGAGGAAAUUUUCCAACUACAAGUCCCCAGGGGGCUUAUAUUUGGAGAGGCGAUUUAAUGGAGGUUUUUUUGCGUUACCGGUUUGAGGGGCUUAUAUUUGAAGGGGCUUAUACACGGAGGAACUCAUUUUCGGAAUUUUACGGUUUCUUGUUAUGAAAUUGGUAGACAGUUACAAUGCACUGUCUAUUUAGCCUAGCUUCCUCUUCAAAGUUUUUAAUAUAUUUUUUUCCAAUUCUUUUUUCAAUAUUUUUUUAAUGAGCACUAGUGAGCAGCACAGAGCAACUCGAGGAUCUUGUUUACUUGAUUUAUUUAUCCGACCGGUAGUGGGGUUACUGGGGCUGUUGACAGUUGGGGAGAGGGGCCCGCGGGAAGUUAAAAAUAGAGAGUCUCCCGAAUCAACAACCAAGGUUGAUUGCUGCCAAGGUAGGUAGGUUUUUGGGUAUGGUAAUGUAAGAUAAGGAGUUUGAAACAAAAGAAAAUCAAAUUUAGACCAAGGAUAAAAUUGAACCACAAUUUCAGUUUGGAGAGGUGGGGGGAGGGGGUGAAGGUGGGGUGAGAAUAAUGUUGUUGUCACAAAAAAAAAAGAAUUUUGAUUUGUUUUGAUAGUGCCAGCCAUAGAGUACAGCCAACUGUACCAACCUUUUUUUGCCGAGUGAUACUGACCAGUCAAACAACACACAAAUAAUGAGGUCAGGAAAUAACAAUUAUUCUAUAACAACAAUAAAUAAUAGUAACAACAAUAAUAACAAUAAUAUUUAUGAUAAUAAUAGAUCUAACUGUAUAACAUGAAUGAAAGGAUAUCAUUUACAAAAUCGACUUCUGAUAUGAUCAAUCAGGAAUUUUUCAAAGAACAUAAGAAUCUCAAACAUCGCAAAGUAUACCGUAAAAUCACGCUUCCCUGGCGGCACCUCUAGCUGUCAGUUUUGAGUACUCCGUAUAGAUUGUCCCCCUGGGUGGACAUUCUUAGGUGAUUACAACAACAAGGAAUGAAUAAAACUAUCUUUGUUCAGCUGACCCCAGCUGGUAGGAAAAAGCCUUCAGAGAGCAAGGUAUAUACUUCAAUGUAACAAUAACAAGCUGCAUGUCAUGUAGUAAUACAUGCAAGCAACUGCUGACAUAGUUUAGGAUGUCCUGCUAGGCGGCACUAUUUCCUUAGAUAAUACAGGCCAAAAGGACAAGACAUUUUUUACUAAAAAAUAAAACACUUCUAUUUAGUUACCCUGACCUUUUGGGAACCUAAAGAAUCACCGUUUAACAAUAAAAAACCCAGAUAUGAUAUACCUCCCAACAAAUGUUGCUAAAACUCAGGAUGUCCGUUGGACGGUACUAUUUUGAGGGGGACAUUGGGGGGUACCCAAUACCGCAAUACCGUAAGAAAAAAUAGCAAAUACCGAAAUACCGCGUCGAAAAUCGUCUAAAUACCGAUACCGCAUAUUUUAAUCACAGUUAUAAUCGGUUCCGCAUACUUAUGGUUGCUUCCAUCUAGCGCGUUUAAUUAUCUCAGGCAUUUAUGCAACAGAUUUCCAUGUUUUUUUUUUAAUAUUUUGGUAGUUGGCAGAUUUUCACUUAAAAUUAAACUACAUUCGUUCAGCCUUCUGGUAGGUCGACCCAACAGCUAAUUAACUCCAAUAAAAAUAACUCUUGAAAGCGCGAAAAACAAACCAACCAAAACCCUUUCCACGCACGUCUAGUGCGAGUUUUGAUAGUUGAGUCUAGUCUAGCACGUCAGUCUCUCAGGGGUCAACUAUCUCGACUGUCUCACACGCCGCGCUAGUAAGAGACAAACUUAGCAAAUUUUCUCUUUUAACUUUACAAGGCAAAACCCGACAUCUAAACUUAUUCUUUUUGCGAUAUUGUUCGCCUCCUUCGCCCUCUUCAAAUAUAUAGAUUUAGGGCUAAAAGCGAAGCUCUCAAUAAUAUUUAUAGUUUGUUCAUAUUUACAGUUGUAAUAUUUACAGUUUAUUGUUUGAUAUUGUAUAGUAAUGCUAAGCGGCGAAGGCAUGCAACGCCGGAGAACGGUGAAAAACAGCAAUAGGUCUAAUUAGCAAAACAGCAACUUUGCACGUGCAGUACACUUUUUGGUACAUUUCUUUGCCGUUGUUUUGCACGACUACAACAUGAAACUUCCACAAACUUCUUAGGGCCUGUUGACAUGGAGGUGUGGAACCCCAGGUAAGUGAGGUAACCCGCUUAGCUGUGGUAACCCGCCUGUCCAUAUAAUCUCUCAUUUUAAUUUGAUUACGUUUACAUGAUAAGAGGUGUGACCCGCCAUGGCGGUUAGCCCGGUCUGCCAGACCAGGUAACCCUCCCAGCCGGGGUCAAAUUUUGCCAUGUAAACUUCAAGGUGGGGUAACCCGCGUAGCCGGGGUCGGAUUCGUGAUACAUCAAAUUCUCACAAAAUUCACUUUGGCGGUGGCUUUGCAUAAUUAUUAAAGGUAACAAUACAAAGCCACAGCACUGAAGGUUGCAGCAAGAGCAGCAAGUGAGUGUAGAAGAGCAAUAAUCAUCACCAAAACACAUGGUUUGCCGUGCUUAGUGACAAUUCAAUAAUCUUGAAAAAGAGCACCCCGGGAUGGAGGGGUUGUAAGGUUGCAUGUAAAGGAGGGUUAAUAUUUAACCUCACCUAAACGGGUUAUCUCACCUACCUGGGGUCCCCCACCUCCAUGUAAACAGGGCCUUAGUUACACGUUUUAUGGAGGAAAUGUCGUACGUGUUCUCCUUCACUUUUUUUCACUGCCGCUCAUUUUCACCUUACUUUAUUGGUGGCCGCAAGCAUUUCUCAUUUCAUCACCGCCGCUACAAAAUUUUCUUUUUUAAAUCUCCGUCGCCCUUUUUCUCGUUGAGCUUUGCUGGCCUGCCGCCCAGUUUCUCUUUUUCUCUGUCUUUCUCUUGCUCUAUAUUCCAAAUCUAUGGACAUGACAAUUUAUCUAAGCUUAAUACUUUAGACAACACAGAUACAGAAAAAAUUUCCGCUUUCCGUUUUCGUCUUUAUUGACUCUUUUGUUGUCUCUGCUUUACUAGACGCCGGUGGCUAUGCGAUUUCCCGCCAAAAUAACCUCGAGUUGCAUUUCGGUUGCCAUACCUGUUGAUUGAGUUAUUUUACAUUGGUAUGCCUGUGGUGCGGACGGACGGUCUCUCGGGCGGUCGGUCGGUAGAUGUACGGUCACGUGAUUACCAAAUUUUCUCGGAUGGGUAGAUUACUUCAUUUUCUUACCCAUGGUGCUCUGCUGGCGCGCUUCGCGCGCGAGAGCUCCGCUAAAAAAUUGUCACACAGUCAAUGAUGACCUCGCCGUCUUCAACCUCAGCGACCUCAGACAUUGUGAGAAAACGUCCAAGACCUCGAAUUACCGGCACAGGUACACAGAUCGAAAAGCCUGGUAAGGUAACUUGAGGCGACUCAUUAUCAUUGGAUGCAACAACAAUCACAUUGUAUAUUAUCGACCAUUAACUGUCACAAAAUGACCCACAAAUGGUGUAAUUAUUUACCGUUAUGUGUCAAGACUUCUAAAUAUUAACUUUUAUUAACCUUUAUGUCUUACUGUGUUUUGUUUUGUGUAUUGUACCGAUUGGAAAGCGCAAGUAAACGGUAACGUAACACCGUGAACAAUCUUAUUUCACCGAAUACCGUCACCCAAAAUGCCGCAGAGCUAGAUGAUACCGCAAUACCGCACGUUAAAAUUAAAAUUAUCGAAAUACCGCAUGAAAAAAAAACCAAUACCGCAAUACCGUAAAUCCCCAUGUCCCCCUCUAUUUUCUUCGGUAAUACCGGCCAAAAGGACAAGGCCACGUUUAUGAAUAAAAAUGUUCCCAUAGAGUUAUCCUAAGCUUGUAGAAACCUGCAGAAAUCCAGUCCUACAACACAGUUUAACAAUGAAAGCUAGAGGAGAUGUACAUGCCAACAAAUGUUGCUAUAAUUUAGGAUGUCCCUUUAUACGGUACUAUUUUCUUCGGUAAUGCCGGCCAGUGGGACAAGACAAAUUGAUAAGACAUUUAUGAAAGGAUUGCUUACCAUACAGGACCAAGAACACUUCAAAACUCACAAUAAACGCAAACUUCGUCAGUAAUACCGUAGAUCACGCUUCUCUGGCGAUAAAACGGCUCCUUUGGCUGUCAGUUCUCACCACGCUUGAGCCGCCAUAUUGGAUGUUUUCGAGAAUUUCCGAAGUCGGCCCGAAUCAGAAACUCGUUCCUAGUACUCCUCGGCUGUCCUUUUGAACGGUAUGAUUUAGGCACAACCCGAUCAAAUGGAUUCGGUCGAAUAGUGAAAUCGCCAUCCCGCCAAAGCGUGCCCAAAGCCCGCCAAAAAUUACCAAAUCUCGCCGCCGCCGCUAUUUAACUCUUUAUCCAGUCAAAAAAAGCUAUGUAUUGCAAGAUUUUAGAAAAUUAGGUAUGGGAAUGGAAAUCAUUGUUAAGGGAGUCUUUUGAUCAAUUGUGACGAUAGGUUUUGCCCUUCCAAGCACGAAUCGGGGAAAUAAGCGUUAAGAGAAUUCGAUCGAUUUCGGCUUAAGAACAGCCGGGCGAAAACUAACUCUGCAACUCGCUUGGCUAGCGGGAAAGGAACUUCACCAUUCCAAGGUACUAGGAUCUGCUACAACUGGAAACAGGACUGGACAGGGGCACCCAACGACAAUUUUCGGAAAAAUAUCUGUUCGGAAGACGAUUUGAGAUCUAGAAUUUUCGGAACAUUUUUUGUAAAAUUUCUUGGCUGCCUGCUUCUCCUAGGAUUUUCGAACUUCUAAAAAAUGGUAAAAUUGCCCAUUUUCAAAGGAUUUUUACCCCAAAAAGGUCACCUAGAAUUUUCGGGAGCCUUCUUUCUGGCUGAAAUUUUCGAACAGGUAAGUUUUGAUCCCUAUAAUUUUCGGAUCACUAGACUUUCAGCUAGGAAAUCCGAACAGAUGAAAAGUUUAUAGGGGAUAAAAAUAUGCCCAUAUCCACCGUUUAAAUACUGAAACACGUUUAACAAUGCUAUGUUUAAGUGGUUUUGAACUAUAUUCUCGUUGGGUGCCCCUGACAGUACUCAAGCUUGGACUUGCAACAGUUUAAUCUUCAGUUCGUGAACGUAAAUCAUACAGUCAAGUAAAUUCGCAAUUGUAACAUCGAAAAACAGGAAUAACAAUUCGCUAUUCAUACUAACCGAUCAACUUAUUACAACAUCACAAAACGAAUGGAAAGAAGGCUUAAUAAAAUCAGCUGAACCGCAAAAACAAAUCUGGAUAAAUUCAGUUUUAGAGUUCAUAUGUUAAACUCAAUAACUAAAAAUUAAACGUCAAUCAAGCAAGUGAAUUUAGAAAAUUUACAAAGAAAGCUGUGUUUGCCGCUAUUUAACUCUUUAUCCAGUUAAGAAAAAGCUAUGUAUUGCAGGAUUUUAGAAAAUUAGGUAUGGGAAUGGAAAUCAUUGUUCAGGGAGUCUUUUGAUCAAUAACUGCUUGCGGGGAAAAAGGUGAGUUUGACUUUUGCCACUAGUAUUCGCAAGAAGACGAGAGGGCUGUAUAGAAAUGGAACGCCGAAGAAAAGCCUGAAGACAAAUCACUAAGAAGCACCUUAGCAUAUUUCAAGGGUGACUAUCUUUUGAAGAAAGACAAUGACUUUACUAUUAAGUGAGGCGAGUUUUAUUUUAAUGCCAUGGUGUUCUAAACCCCCAAGUGCGAUUUUUAAAGCAACAGAAACACUAGGUGGCACGCCCGUGAUUCACCAAGGUAUUAUGAAAUCACUUGCGCAAUAACUGGAAAAGUAAGGGGUUUACAAGCUACAAAAGCUAUAUGUGUGUCUUAGAGUGUUUUUUAAUAGGAGAUUUUCUUGUAGGAGACCCUCCGCCAGCUAUAUUUUUCGGCGUAUAUUGCUGGUUUUCAGUGUCACGCCAUUCAAAAUAGAUCAAAAUAAAAAUCAAAACCGUUCAAUAGAUAAAGUGCAGAAUCUGGGAAAUGAAAGGAGGUACAUAUACAAAGACCCUCGCCAAGAUUCAGGUCAGAGGAAUAUUUCGUAUACGAAAAUAUCCGAAGAAACGUCCUCACCUGGAUGAGCUCCAACAUGGCGGACGAAAACCAACAGAAACACCUGUUACCGAGUUUUGCUACAAAAGCGUGAAUUUAUUCUUCGAGAAACUCAUAAACAUUAAAGUAAUACUUUUUCUAAUACAUGAAUUGUUUAGAUAGCAAAAUUUCCCAAAAUAAGUCAUUUUUUUAACCUGCCACGUCAGACAAAAGCAUAGAAAUUCAAGCGUACUCUAUCACAAAACCAAGAACCCUUUUGAAGCGAAAAUUUGUAUGAAAAUUAGUUUUCAGCUGCUCUAAUACAUCGUGAAAGUAAAAUCUCGGUAGGAUCGAUGGUUUGUUAGUUUGAAUUUUAGUGACGUCAUGUGAAAACCAACAAUUAGUAAAAGAUUUAUUUUCUCGUUACAAAUAAAACACGCGUAGCAAAUAUCCUAUUUCCGGCACUUUUAGUACGUCCCGGAAACCGGAAAGCACAGUACGAAACCGUUUAUUCGGAAGAAGCCUUUUCUUUUUCUUUUUGAUAUUUAUUUAGAACAAUACUAUUGCGAUCCGUUCACGGAGAAUCUCUGCUGAUGCGGUUACAUUUCGAAAGAAAUAUUUUUGGGGUCUCGCGUUCUCCUGGCGCGCGUCCUUUUCUCUUAAUCACCUGGAGACUUUGGUUUGGUUUUGAUUUUAUUAUUUUACGUGGUAGUUACAAAAAAACGUUUCGGCGCGGCACACACAAUGUAAAUAAGUUUAAGUAAAGUGGCCUAGUGUUCUGAAGGUUGCUCUGUUUAAAAAGACAUUUGAAAUUUUUAAAAUAAAAUCGAUGAUGUAUUUACGGAGGUUCCGGUUAUCGUUUGGGGACAAAAGCAUAUUUUGAUUGUGUUAAUUGCUCCUGUCGGAAUAAAAUGUCAUAUGAAUUAGCGAGAUGACGUGCGAGUAAUAAGUUCUGUUUAAAAGGGGACUCUGUAAAGUGCGGAUCCGGACGGCGGAUCCGGACGGCGGAUGGCGGAUGGCGGACGGCGGAUGGCGGACGGCGGACGGCGGACGGCGGACAAUAAUAAAAAAAUAAAAAAAUAAAAAUAAAAUAAAACAAAAUAGACGUAUAAAAUAAAUAAACGAGAUAAAUGAAUAAGACGGCGGACGGCGGACAAUAAUAAAAAAAAAUAAAAUAAUAGAAAUAAAAUAAAAAAUAAAAAUAAAAAUAAAAUAAAAUAGACGUAUAAAAUAAAUAAACGAGAUAAAUGAAUAAGAAAACAUAAGAAAAGCGAGAAAUAAAAAAAAAAAGAGAGAAAAUCAUUAUUAGUCGAGACAUUCUCCAAUCACUGUCGGAAUCACUGUCGGAAAUCUUCGGAGAGGAGUCAAACAGAGUGGCCAGACACGUGGCUGGCUCGGAUUUCACUAGCAACUCGUGCGAAGAGAAGAUCUGUUGUUUUGGUUUGCAGAAUUUUGGUUUGUUGUUUUGGUUUUGCAAAAUGAACAAGAGAAGCUACGCUGAUGUAGUAUCUGGAAGUGGUAAGUUCAUCUUUGCGCAGUUGUCUGUUUUAUUUGGUGUUUGGUGUUUGCCGCAAUGCUUUAUAUCUCUUUCAGGGUCAUCGGAAUCAGAGUCAGAGUUAUUGUGCAGGCAAGUAACCUUUUAACCCUUUUAACCUUUAAAACGCGGACUUUUAGUGUAGGAAAUUUGGUUUUGUGGUACAAAGUGUGGUAGAAAAUGUGGAGUGUGGAAAAUGCGAAGUGUAGAAAAUGCGAAGUGUGGUAACUGCAAACUGCACUGCAACUGCACUGUAUAUAGUGCAACACCAUUGGCCCGGUUAUUUUUCCGAUUCUGAAAACGGACGGCUAAAUAUCUCAAUAUGUACGAGUAGCGAUAGAAAUCUGUUGAACAUGGAUACGUCUUAAUAAAGUUUUGUUUGUUUGUUGGACGAAGGUUCUUCUCCUCUGUUGACUAAAUAUAGUACACUGCAGCAUAUUAACAUGGUACCAGAGUCUUCGCUUUGUACUUCUUUACCGCCACAGACAAACCUAACAUUUUUUUUUGAUUUUGUUUCGCUUGAGAAAAGAGCGAUGAAAUUGUUGGACUUAAAUAAAAAUAAAGCAAUAGCUCUUGUGUACGUGGCCACUGGUUCCGUUUCGAGUCCUGGUUCCUUUCGUAUCAGUGGACAAAAGAAUUUUGACAGAUAAAAGUGUAAAUUAAAGUUACUAAAAUUAGGCGAAACCUCGCGACAUAGCCCCUUUAAGUCAUUCCUCUAAAGAAUAACUAAAAUAAAUAGAUAGCUGAAUUUAAAUGGAAUUUGAAGAGGUUUAAAGAAGGGAUAGAAGAAAGAAAAUGAUUUUUGGAACACCAACAGUUGAUACACACAAGAGCACUCCGGGUUGCUAGUGAAUAUUUCUUAUUUCUCUAAAGUUUACAAAAAUUUACAUCUUUUUCUCAUUAUUCAGUCUUUUUUUUUCUCAUUAUUUAUUAUUUACGUCUAUUUUAUUUAUUUUUAUUUUUUAAAAUUAUUAUUGUCCGCCGUCCGCCGUCCGCCGUGCGCCGUCCGCCGUCCGCAUCCGCCGUCCGGAUCCGCCGUCCGGAUCCGCACUUUACAGAGUCCCGUUUAAAAGACAUUUGUAAUUUUUAAAAUAAAGUCGAUGAUGUAUUUACGGAAGUUCCGGUUAUCCUUUUGGGGACGAAAGCAUAUUUUGAUUAAGUUAAUUGCUCCUGUCGGAAAAAAAUGUCAUAUGAAUUAGCGAGAUGACGUGGAUCUCGCCGCUGCCGCUAGUUAACUCUUUAUCCAGUUAAGAAAAAGCUAUCUAUUGCAAGAUUUUAGAAAAUUAGGCAUGGGAAUGGAAACCUGCUGUGUUACAAAGAAUCGACCCUCGACAAUUUGGAACUAUUCCCAAAUCGUCUACUACACAUGCCUUGGUCAAUAUGACGCAUAAUUGGCUUGUUAACACCGACGGAAAUGGUGCCACGGCAAGAGUAGUCCUACUUAAUUUCCGUAAGGCCUUUGACCUUAUCGAUCACAGUGUUCUUGUUCAAAAACUAACAACAUAUGAUAUUCCGAGUCAAGUCAAAGGUUGGAUUGAUGACUUCUUGAUGGACCGGAAACAAAGAGUUAAACUUGCUCAGGAUUGUCACUCUGAAUGGCGCUCUGUGCCCUCCGGUGUCCCCCAGGGAACAAAACUAGGCCCCUGGUUAUUUCUUGUCAUGAUUAAUGACUUGGACACACCAGUUGACAUGUGGAAAUACGUGGAUGAUACAUCUUGUUCCGAAAUAGUUACAAAGGGUAGUGAGAGCAAACUCCAAGAAGCUCUGGAUGACCUUUCGAGACAAGCGAGUCUCGAUGGGUUUCAACUGAAUGAGGCCAAGUGCAAAGAACUUCGAAUUGGAUUCUCCAACAGCAACCACGAUUUUGAACCCCUAGUCCUAAAUGGCAAACCCCUUGAAUUAGUCACCAGUGCCAAAUUGCUAGGCGUGACCAUUAGCCACGAUUUAAAGUGGAACAUGCGCUCCUCUGAACUAAUUAGAAAAUGUUCCUCUCGUCUCUAUUUUUUACGUCAACUAAAGAGAUCCGGAGUGGCACCAAGUGAACUGGUGCUAUUCUAUGUGACAUGUAUUAGGCCCGUCCUGGAAUACGCAAGUCCUGUAUUCCAUCGUUCUCUACCAAACUACAUCAGUGAAGAUUUGGAACGGAUCAAAGGGAGGGCUUUCAGAAUCAUCUAUCCUGACCUGUCAUAUAGUGUAGCACUAGAAACAGUUGGCCUACCGAAACUUCAUGAGAGGAGAGAAAAGAUUUCAAUAGAUCUGUUUGACGAGAUCGUCUGUAACCAAACCCACAGUCUCCAUAGCUCCCUCCCACAAAGGAAGAGUUGUAAAUAUUCACUGAGACGCAAAAGUGAUUUCACUCUCCCCCUAUCUAAAACCGAGCGUUUGAAGAAAAGUUUUAUUUUUAGCCAUGUCUAUAAGAUGUAGAUAAUUUUUUUAUUUUCUCUUUGUCAUCAUCAGUAUUUGUAAAUAUCCCGUAAUUCAGCCUAUGGCUGCAAUGGUGUUUAUAAUAAAGUAUCUAUCUCUUCAAAUCAUUGUUAAGGGAGUCUUUUGAUCAAUAACUGCUAGCGGGGAAAAAGGUGAGUUUCACUUUUGCCACUAGUAUUCGAAAGAUUCUUGCGAGAGGGCUGUAUAGAGUCUGUCAAUCCCAAGGCAGAACCCAAGAAAGGCACAAUAAAAAUAUCUCCAAAUAAAACUCUGCAAUCUUCUAUAAACGUUGCUGCAUCACCAAAGAUAAAUGUUCCUGUGACAGCUGCAAUUAUGCGUUUUAACCAUAAUCCGCGUUACACUGCGUAGAAUACAUAAACCUUUAGGAGAAAGUCCACAUUUUGUAAGUUUAAAUAUACCGUUCUUAGUAAAGGGUACAAAAAAAGUCAGUUUCGUAAGUUUACACUGAUUGUAGCGAAUGAGCCAUACACUAAUCAAUUGUAUUUGCAAAAAUCGACUGGGUUUCUCUUUACUUUCGUUUACUUUGAUUCCACAGUAUUUUAAGAGGUUCAAUUGAUCAAAAACAAGCUAAAACAAACGAAAUUUGAAGACAAAACAGUGAAAUUCACUCAGCCUUCGCUUGUUCUCAUUGGCCUCCAUGACUUCCUGAUCUUUUCAAACCGUAAGGGGCAUGCGUGAAGCGUGGAAGUGGGAAACAGAUGUUCCGUCUCAGUCUUUUUCGCCCAAGUCGGCAGUCAAAUAUCUCCACGUCGGGCGAAGAAAUAUUCAAAUAUCCCCUCCCCUGUGAGAACAAGAUCAGUCCAAUGUCCUACCCCAGGGCCAACAAAGACAAGCAAAUCCCCACCCCAUACCCUGCCUCCCUCCCCCCCGCCGGCUUUACAUUGAUAGGUGCAUAAAUCCACUGUUUUAAGCGAUUUUUGAAGUCCUUUGUUUUUUCUUAUCCUCGUAAAUCCAGGUAUCGUUUGCUUUUUUCUCUUAACAAGCGAUGUUGAUUGAAAAUUCGACAAAAAGUGUACUGUGAAAGGUUUGAACCCAGGAGUCAUUUCAAAAGUAGGUUGAGUUUGAUCGUCCGGGUGAACGUAGUCCUGAAUAGGACUGUUGUUGUUGACAGUGACUGACGUUUCGACAACCUAUGCGGUGGUCAUCUUCAGAGUCAAAGUGAGUUGUAUUAGGUCAGUUGAUAUUAUUAUACUCUGGUUAUUGAUCUGAUUGGUCAAUUACGUCGCGACGUUAUUGGUCGUCUGUAAGUUAAGCCGUGAUGUUAUUGGCUAUGAAGACUAAAAGUAUACUAUAAUGAAUUGUUUUUACUUCGAAGAAUGACAACAGCUAUGGAGGCCGAGCGAGCGAACUCGUAAGUGAGAAAUUUAUUUGUACGUAUUUAGGUAAGGCAAAUCAUAUAUCUUUAAUAUAGAGGAAAUAAACUUUAUAUGGAAAACAGCUAUCACAUCAGAAUAUCACUUUUUCCAAAUCUAAACUUUGACAGACACUCGGACUCGGUCGUCUCAUUCAGGUUGAAAGUUGAAUAAUCUUUGUGCGGAAAGCAGGUGUUUUUCCACUCGAAAAAGUCAGACAACACAAAAAAUUCUCCAUCGUCAAUGAAAUUAGACGUACGGCUUAAAAAUUAGACCUUGCAUUGUUUAAAAGACGCCAUUGCGAAAAACUUUGUUGCGAACGAACAUCAAAGUUUUACAUUUGUGUUUACAUUCAGUGUCAUCGUAGUCGACCUACCGACUGAUUGCAUCUUAAGUUUCCUUUUUCCUGCCGAAACUGACGUUCUCGUUCCAGUCUUUUCCCAGUCAACAGACGUCGUCGUCGUGAACCGGCCGUCGUGGUUAUUAUUGUGUCAAGAAAGGCAACGUUUCUUUUCCUUCCUUGCUCGGUUUUGUUUCUGAUUGCAAUUUGUCUUUCAAAUUGUGUUGGUAGCCUCUGUACAUCAUCAACCAUCAAGCGUUCUUUUGAAUUUUGAAACACUUCAAUUUCCUCAAACUCUUUUGACAAAUCGGUGGGUGACAAGCCGCAAAAUGUGUGCUGGAAGGUUUCCGUAAUCUUUACAUCAAGGAUAACUUUUUCGUUUAACCUUGUGCCUUUCUAUACAACUGUGUCUAAAAACAUUGUCUCACUGAAUUUCGGUGGUGAAUUUAAUAGAAGGAUCAUGCAAGUUUGCUUCUUCGAAGAAAGUUACGAUGUCUGGUUUAAAGCUGGUUUAGCUGCUUAGACUUUGUGUUUCAAUAUAUAACAUGAAAAUGUUGGCAAAGGAAACUGCUGUCUUUGUGCCCAUCGCGGUAUGGUGGGUUUGGAGGUAGAGCUUUCCAUUGAACGGAAAAGAAUUUUCUUUGAGGAUUAAUUUAAGCAUCUGUCGCAUAUAAUGUUUAGGACUAGGCCGGUUGUAGAAAUUUUUGGCAUACGCUCUGCAAACCGAUUUCAAUAUCCUCGUUUUGUGGUACUGACUUGUAAAAAGACUUGUGACGUGGUAUCUUGGGUUACUUCCUAGAAAGGUAGGAAAAAUUCAAUAUACUCUUCUUUCUGAAAAAAAUAUAGAUAAUGUCGGUCCAUGUCGGUAGUCGGUUAAUAAUUUUCCUGUCGGUAGUCGGUAAUUUUUUUCGCGUUUUGUCGGUAGUCGGUAAUAUUUUUUGCCCUUUGUCGCUAGUCGGUUAACCCCAUUCACACCCUCUGUCAGGAGCCUUGAUGGGCUCCUGCCUCUGUAUAGAAAUGGAACGCUGAAGUAAAGCCUGAAGACAAAUCACUAAGAAGCACCUUAGCAUAUUUCAAUGGUGUCUAUUUUUUAAAAAAAGACAAUGACUUUACUAUUAAGUGCGGCGAGUUUUACUUUAAUGCCACGGUGUUCUAACCCCCAAGAGUGAUUUUUAAAGCAACAGAAACACUAGGUGGCACGCCCGUGAGUGUGAGUUAGACACCACGGUAUUUUAAAUCACUUGCGCACAGAAGAAAAUUAAGGGUUAAUAUGUCUGAUAAGUUUUAGCUUGAGUAAGCGAGUUUUAUUGUAAUGCCAUGGUGUUCUAAACUCCUAAGUGCGAUUUAAAGCAACAGAAACACUAUGUGGCGCGUCCGUGAUUCUGUGAGUUUAUACACAACGGCAUUAUGAAAUCACUGAGCACCAAGUCAGGAAGUUAAAGGUUAAAAUGAUUUAGCUUGAGUAAGCGAGUUUCAUUGUAAUGCCAUGGUGUUCUAAACUCCCAAGUGCGAGUUUCAAAGCAACAGAAAAACUAGGUGGCACACCCGUGAUUCUGUGCGUUAGACACCACGGUAUUAUGAAAUCACUUGCGGACCAAGUGGGAAUUUAAAACAGGGGGACCCAACGACAAUUUUCGGAAAAUAUCUGUUCGGAAGACGAUUUGAGAUCUAGAAGUUUCGGAACAUUUUUUGCAAAAUUUCUUGCUAGUCUGCCUCUCCUAGGAUUUUCGAACAUCUAAAAAAAUUGUAUAAUUGCCCAUUUUUAACGGAUUUUUGCCCUAAAAAGGUCACCUACAAUUUUCGGGAGCCUUUUUUCUGGCUGAAAUUUUCGAAAAGGCAAGUUUUGAUUCCUAUAAUUUUCGAAUCACUAGACUUCCAGCCAGGAAAUCUGAACAGAUGAAAAAUUUUUAGGGGAUAAAAAUAUGCCUAUAUCUACCGUUUAAAUACUAAAAUACGUUUAACAAUGCUAUGUUUAAGUGGUUUUGAAUUAUAUUCUCGUUGGGUGCCCCUGUUAAAAGUUAAUAUGUUUUAGCACAGGUGAGCGAGUUUUAUUGUAAUGUUCUAAACUCCUUAGUGCGAGUUUCAAAGCAACAGAAAAACAAGGUGGCACGCCCGUGAUUCUGUGCGUUAGACACCACGGUAUUAUGAAAUCACUUGCGCACAAAAGAAAAUUAAGGGUUAAUAUGUCUAAUAUGUUUUAGCUUGAGUAAGCGAGUUUUAUUGUAAUGCCAUGGUGUUCUAAACUCCUAAGUGCGAUUUUUAAAGCAACAGAAACACUAGGUGGCGCGCCCGUGAUUCUGUGAGUUUAGACACCACGGUAUUAUCUUAUUAUGAAAUCACUUGCGCAUCGAGUGGAAAUUUAAAGGUUAAUAUGAUUUAGCUUGAGUAAGCGAGUUUUAUUGUUAAUAAUGCCAUGGUGUUCUAAACUCCUAAGUGCAAGUUUUAUCAUGCAACAGAAACACUAGGUGGCACGCCUGUGAUUCUGUGAGUUAGACACCAAGGUAUUAUGAAAUCACUUGCGCAAUAACUGGAAAAUUAAGGGGUUUACAAGCUACAAAAGCUAUAUGUGUGUCUUAGAGUGUUUUUUAAUAGGACAUUUUCUUGUAGGAGACCCUCCGCCAAUUAUAUUUUUCGGCAUAUAUUAGUAAAAGACUUGUUUUCUCGUCACAAAUAAAACACGCGUAGCAAAAUUCCUAUUUCUGGCACUUUUAAUACGUCCUGGAAACUGGAAAGCACAGCACGAAACCGUUUAUUCGGAAGAACCCUUUUCUUUUUCUUUUUGAUAUUUAUUUAGAACAAUACUGUUGCGAUCCGUUCACGGAGAAUCUCUGCUAAUGCGGUUACAUUUCGAAAACAAUAUCUUUGUGGUCUCGCGUUCUCCUCGCGCGCGUCCUUUUGCUUUUAACCACCUGGAGACUUUGGUUUGGUUUUGAUUUUAUUAUUUUACGUGGUAGUUAGAAAGAAACGUUUCGGUGCGGCCCACACAAUGUAAAAAAAUUUAAGUAAAGUGGCCUAGUGUUCUGAAGUUACUCUGUUUAAAAAGACAUUUGAAAUUUUUAAAAUGAAAUCGAUGAUGUAUUUACGGAGGUUCCGGUUAUCGUUUGGGGACAAAAGCAUAUUUUUAUUGUGUUAAUUGCUCCUGUCGGAAUAAAAUGUCAUAUGAAUUAGCGAGAUGACGUGCGAGUAAUAAGUCCCAGGGGUUUCUCAUGGUUCCCGACCUUCGGUCCUGCACUAUGUUGUCAACACUUUGUUUGUUUUAUAUUGUGCAAUCGGUCAAUUCAGAUGACCAUCGUGCACGUUUCUAAGGCUUGUGGGUCAUAAUGGCGGCCCUAAUAUUUUGUUAUUACUAGUUCCAGAGGUGGAAAUUGCAUGAGUUUUUGUAGCUUUGGGACCAAAAGGAACAGUCCGUUAUAGUGAGGAGUCCUCAUGGAGAGGUUUUAAUGAAGUUGAAAGGAUGCCCGGGGGGACUCCGCAUAUGAAAGGGGUGGGGAUGCUCGUGGGAAAUUUUGAAUUAAACCCCUAAAGGAGACCGAUCUGAACGUGGCCCAAGCUUUUUUGACCCCUAAAAGAGACCAUGUUAAAACACAGACAAUAUAUAUAUUUUUAUAUUUUUUCCCGUGCAACCCUAAACAAGACCUUCACGGCUAAAUAUGAUGGCGUUUUGCCCAGAACACCCUAAGUGAGACCAAAAUCCGAAAUUUACACCCCUAAGCGAGACGACGGGCAUCCCCACCACUUUCAUAUGCGGAGUCCAUCCCCCGGGAAAGGAUGUUUUUCGUUUCAUGUUUUGCCCAGACUGGAACCAGCUUCGGACAGUCCCUCUUGGCUUAUUCAAGAUAACUAGUUUUUGCUAAUUCGCUAUUAAAACGAUGCAUAGUUUUUUGUAUCUAAUUUUACACAACUGAAGAUAAUAUCUUUAUUUUGUUAAGGCGUUGGCUUUGAUUCCCAAAAUCCGUUUUUCUGGUAGAAUAAACUAUGAUGAGUCUUUUAAAAGGCACAAUUUGGCAAAAUAACAUGUGCUCUUAAGAAAUAUUUUAUCCUACCCCUCUAUAAGGUUCCUCAAGGUAUCUUGAAACAUUAUAAUGUGCAUGUCCGGCCUCAAUCUUCAUUACUCUACUUUCAUUUAAGUGUCAUUGUCUGAGAAAGUGUUCCAGGGGCCAAAAGUUGUGGUCAACCAAUUUGGCUGAAACUUGGCACAGAGGUUGGGUAUAAUGAGAUAUUUCAAAAGCCACUUUGGCUCACUUCUCUGAGUUUUAGUUUUGGAGUUACAGGGGGGAUCUCAUUUUUGCCCUUUGAGCAACAAAAAUCCAGCCUUCCAGGGGGCAUUUUGAAAGUGUGAUAAGACCCCACUGGUACAUUGUGCUGCCAAAUGAAUUUGACGAUGAACUCUACUAUAAUAGAGCUUUCAGUUCAUGCAUGUAACUUUGUCCUCAAGGUAUUGUACAGAGAGGAGCCUGGGGCUAGAGUUUGGCCAAAAUUGAUGUUAAAAUUACAACCCAAAAUAGCCAUUUUUCAAAAUUACACUAUAUUCACCUGCCUUCUUGCAUAACUUCCAAACCUAUACCACUGUUUACUUUAGUCACCCAGUUAUCAAAAUCAGUUGAGAAAAAUUUGGCUUAUUAUGGUUUAUUGAAUUUUUGGAACAAACACUUCAUGCCCCUCUAAGGUGAUGCAAAAUGGAAUUUUGAGCCUAAUUCAGGCCAUAAACAAACCAAGUUGUUGACAAGAAGCCCUUAUUCUGUAUUUGGUAAGUGAAAAUGAAUUGUCAAAGCCAAAUCAGUUUCGUUGUUUAGAAAUAACACCGAUUCUUACCUUAAAAUUGAUCUAAAACAGGCCUCCGAUUAGCGCAACAAACACAUAAUUUAGCAAAACAAAGGUGAUUUUAUCCCUUGAAAAACCUAGUAACCACCAUAGAACACAAAUGAUGAUGUUCUGAUGUACAUAUAACAAUCUUUUUACAAGAUGCUUAAAUUUUUCUUUGAUUUAUAGUCAGUUUCACGUCAUAUUUCCAAGCAUUACUCCAAGGAUGGGAAGUCUCCAUAUUUUGUCAGGCCCAUUUUUUUAAUAUUUUUACCAGAUAAAUUUACCUUAUCAAAAGGUUCGUUAACAUGUAAUCUUCGUCUGACCUUGUAAUAGCCUGAAUAGUUGUUUUAAAUACCCAUCAGCAAAGGAGCAUGACCAUACAUACGUAGAUUACACAGACAUAUACGAGCUUCAGUGAGCAGUAUCGAGGUGAACUGUGAUUUUCCGAGUCCUUUAGAGCUAAAAAAAUGAAACCAUCCAUCCACGGUUAGGAGAGCUGGAUAACAAAAAGCUUGUUUUGCUUUUAUAAAGAAAAUAACCCAAACAAAGCCUCGCAUUGAGAUGAUGCACUUGUUAUUACAUCAAGUUAGCUGGCCCGCCAUUUUGGACUUGAAGAGUGUGGGGACUGGACCGAGUUCCCGUCCAAUCCUUCUCCCGUUUCGCGGGAAUUUUUUCUGUUUUCCAUCAGGUGAGUUCGAAAUUCUAGAAAGUGAUGUGUUUCAAGAUAAUUUUUCGAUGGCACUUUAUUCCUUUGAAGGGUUAAAUGACCAGUGCAGUGUCACGUCAUGGGCUGUGCAAGAAACAGGAAUACUUCCCUUGUUGUCUUGCGGUAGUGACAUGACUGCAUAGUUAAAGCACAAGUAGAAGGGUUCAGGUGUGUCCGGGGAAGAAGAGGAAGAACUGGUGAUACCAAAGCUACAGGUGAUUCAAAAGAUCAGUUAGGGAUCAUACACGCGCACAAAUGAUUUUUAUCGCAGUUUACGGGACUCUUUUGCUUGAAGAAAGACAAUGAUAUAUAAUUUACGAUGUUAUCGUCUCAAAUUGUUUGCUCACAUAGUUGAUUGAUUCACAUGUUCAUUUCCUGGGUCCUUACGAAGAGCACUAAACAUUCAACAAACUCAUCGCAGCAAUAUCUUUAUACAUAUAUAUAAAAAAUAACAAUAACAAUAAUAGAAAUAACUUGAAGGCUGUUUUUCGCCUGCUCGAGCUGUUUCUUUACAUUCAGCUUGUCACGUUUGGCAAUGCACAAUUCGAGCCGAGCCAGCUUGCAUUGAAACUCCACCGGUCUCCUUUAUUUGCCUGUUUCGUCAAAGACAAGUCAACGUAGAAUAGGCUUAGCUGCAUAAUUCCGCAGGAAUUGUUUUGGGAAUUUUAGACACGAAAAAAAAUUUUAAAAAAUCUCAAGAAUAUUAGAAAAAAAUUGACAAAUACUAGAACUUAAAUAGCAGUAUAUAUAGGAGAAUAAUGAACAGCAACAUUUCACAGGCAGAAACGUUGAAAAACGUUUUUAUUUUUCUGUAUUGCUACCAACCAAGAGAGGGCUUAGUCCACCCACAUGCUACAACAGUGUCUAGAGUACUGUUCACUGAGCACAACAAAUCAGCAGUUGACAGAGUCAUCUACACUACAACUAAUCAGCGGUUAUUCACCAAAAGAGGCCCUGGCUAUCAAAAAAGAAUAAAAAUUUUAUGAGUUUUUUUAGGGAAUUUUAGAGCGUUUUAGCAGAUAACACUCUUAUUUAGGUAUAUUUUUUCAUUAUUCUUCAAAGUGAAUAGUUAACAUUAUUUUAAAUAAUUUUUUAAUUAAAUAAUGAAACAAUUUUUUCUACAAAUAUACACAAACCUUCCGUGCUCUUCCAGAACGAUUCAGAGUCAGUUCCCAUUCAAGUACGACAUAUGUGUGUUCAUUGCCUAUGCUUUAUUCCAAGCAAAUCCAAUAAUAUCGACUAAUUCGGUCGAUUUUGCGACGACGUUUUAGUGACAUUUUCUCCCUGAAAAUGUCAAUUUCGUCGAAAAACUUAGAUGCAGCAUGUUUGCAAAGGCCUUUGACGAAAAGGGUAAAUAAUGGAAACCGGUAACUGAAUUGUGCAUUGCAUGAUAAGCGUGUGCACGUGACAACCUUAAUGUAAACAAACAGCUCGAGCAGACAAAAAACAGCCUUCAAGUUAUUCUUAUCGUAAUUUUUUUUUUUGGACAAAUUUGAUGAAUGUCUAGUGCUCUUCCUAAGGACCCAGGAUAUUAACAUGGGAAACAAUCAACCAUAAACAAACAAUUUGAGACGACAACAUCGUAAAUUAUAUAUCUUCGUCUCUGAAUCUCUCUUCAGUCAGAAGAGUCCCCUAGAUCACGAUAAAUGCCAUUUGUGCGCGUAUAUGAUCCCUAACUGAUAUUUUGAAUCACCUGUACCUUUGGCAUCACCAGUUCUUCCUCUUCUUCUCCGGACACACCUGAACCCUUCAACUUAUGCUUUAACCAUGCAGUCAUGUCACUAUCGCAAGACAACAGAGGAAACAUUCCUGUUUCUUUCACAGCCCAUGACGUGGGACCGCACUGGUCAUUUACCCCUCCAAAGGAAUAAAGUGCCAUCGAAAAAUUAUCCUGAAACACAUCACUUUCUGGAAUUUCGAACACACCUGAUGAAAAACAGAAACGCUAUGGCUAUAUGGCCGGUAACCGGUCAAGGUUUUCAAAAUACUAAAUGGCCAGCAGUUCUAUACUCUCAGUAAAUUUCACAAAAUCGAAAGAUUCCAGCUAAUCUAAACUAUCAUAUGUCGAUUUAGAAAAGUCAAGCGAUCUUGAAAUACUUUACAGAUCUCAAGUCUAGUGUUUGGUUUGCGCUGGGCUCAGAGGAGGAAACCCGGCAUAGUAAAUCGAACGUUCGAAAAUCGAACUCAAUCGAACUCAAUCGAAUUCAAUCUGUGGAUUGAGUUCGAUUGAGUUCGGCAAUCGAACGAAAUCGAACACCACACUUUCAGUGAGUUCGAUUUCCGAACAAAUCGAAUUCAAUCGAACAAAUCGAACUCAAUCCGUCUGAUUGUGUUCGAUUGAGUUCGGUUUGAACACAAUUAAAUGGAUUUCGUUCGAGGGAUUAUAGGAUGACUCUCCUUUCAUUGAUUGUACUUAGAGUCAAAAUGUAGGCCCCAGCUGCGCUCUUGUCUGUGAUUAUAACGUUAACAUAAGCACAAGUUUGAAUACGAGUAGUCGUGACAAAGGUAGCUGUGGUUUCGUUUCCUUAUGAGUAGUUUAAUUUCUUAUUGUAAUAUUACUGGCACUUUUCAAAGAGAUGACUGCGUGGGGAACACCACACUUUCAGUGAAAAGAAAACUGACGAGCUGGGCCCAGCGUGAUACAGCAUUGCAGAAAAACAUUACACUCACGGACUAAAGAAAAUCGCUUAGAUCAGAUCCAGAAGGCACUUUGGAGAAAAUUGGAACCCUUAUUCAGCCGUAAUAAAAAAGCUUUACGCUUCAAAAGAGGUCAAAGAAAAUGCGCUUGCAUCAGAGGGCAAAUCCUGCCGACCAGAAAACAAUAACUACAGUCAAUCGAUAUAUACAGAUAUAUAUGUCAUGCCCUCUCAGUGUGAAACAUGCGGCUAAAACCACAUUUGCUCAGUGAAAUGCAGAACCUUCCAGAGCAUAAUCUACCCAGCAGAUAAAAACAACUUUAUUGGAAUAAGCAGCAUUUUGGCAUGAGGUAAAAGUCGUGUAGGCCUACCACCCCCUUUUAUUGCCUUUGACUAUACAUUUGAAGCUUACGAUCCACAACGCAUCUGAAGCCAUUUCUGCGGAAUUUCUUCGUUUACGAAAAACACGUGCGCUACACUCAGGGCUGAAGUAACUCGAGCUUCUAAGAUCUGGUAAUGGAUUUUCAACGUCUUUUUUAUAUAAGUCACGAGUUCGAAAAUCGAACGUUCGAUUGGGUUCGAUUGAUGUUUUUUCUUUUCGGUGAGUUCGAUUUCGUUCGAUUGCCGAACUCAAUCGAACUCAAUCCACCGAUUGAGUUCGAUUGAGUUCGAUUGAAAUUUAGUUCGAUUGGGUUCGAUUUACUAUGCCGGGAGGAAAUCAUGUUUUGUGACACUUAGAAAUUUUUUCAGCUCGACUGCCGGUCAAGGUUUUCAAAACACUAAAUGGCCGGCAGUUCUAUAUUCUCAGUAAAUUUCACAAAAUCGAAAAAAACCAGCCAUAAGUAUAAAAGUGUCCCGACAUCUCUUUUCCGCGACUCACAGAGGUUACUAUCGUCACACCCAGUCAUGCCAGGUUUUUAUCUGUUUUUAUCGUGCCUGUCACGCCCCGCUUUGGACAGAAAACAAUAACGAACAUCCAAAGACUCGCGACCAGCAAAAAUAUGAUAUAGAAAUCCCACAAAACUGGCUGGUUUGAUCAGGAUCACGACAUGUUGUAGUUUAGAUUAGCUGGAAUUUUUCGAUUUUGUGAAAUUUACUGAGAAUAUAGGACUGCCGUGAUUUCCUCCUCUGAGCCCAGCGUAAACCAAACACUAGGCUUAAGAUCUGUAAAGCAUUUCAGGAUCGCUUAACUUUUCUAAAUCGACAUAUGAUAGUUUAGAUUAGCUGGAACCUUUCGAUUUUGUGAAAUUUACUGAGAAUAACGGACUGCCGGUCAUUUAGUAUUUUGAAAACCUUGACCGGCAGUCGAGCUGAAAACUGUCACAAAACAUGGUUCAGCGUAAGCCAAACAUUAGACUUGAGAUCUGUACAGCAUUUCAGGAUCGCUUGACUUUUCUAAAUCGACGUAUGAUAGUUUACAUUAGCUGGAAUCUUUCGAUUUUGUGAAAUUUACUAAGAAUAUAUAACUGCCGGCCAUUUAGAGUUUUGAAAACCUUGACCGGCAGUCGAGCUGAAAAAAUUUCUAAGUGUCACAAAACGUGAUUUCGUCCUCUGAGCCCAGCGCAAACCAAACACUAGACUAGAGAUCUGUAAAGCAUUUCAGGAUCGCUUGACUUUUCUAAAUCGACAUAUGAUAGUUUAGAUUAGCUGGAAUCUUUCGAUUUUGUGAAAUUUACUGAGAGUAUAGAACUGCCGGCCAUUUAGUAUUUUGAAAACCUUGACCGGUUACCGGCCAUAUAGCCACAGCGAAACAGAAAAAAUUCCCGCGAAAGGGGAGAAGGAUUGGACGGGAACUCGGUCCAGUCCCCACACUCUUCAAGUCCAAAAUGGCGGGCCAGCUAACUUGAUGUAAUAACAAGUGCACCAUCUCAGUGCAAGGCUUUGUUUGGGUUAUUUUCUUUAUAAAAGCAAAACAAGCUUUUUGUUAUCCAGCUCUCCUAACCGUGGAUGGAUGGUUUCAUUUUUUUAGCUCUAAAGACCUUGGAAAAUCACAGUUCACCUCGAUACUAGUGCUCACUGAAGCUCGUAUAUGUCUGUGUAAUCUACGUAUGUAUGGUCAUCUCCUUUGCUGAUGGGUAUUUAAAACAACUAUUCAGGCUAUUACAAGGUCAGACGAAGAUUAUAUGUUAACUAACCUUUUGAUAAGCUAAAUUUAUCUGGUAAAAAUAUUAAAAAAAUGGGCCUGACAAAAUAUGGAGACUUCCCAUCCUUGGAGUAAUGCUUGGAAAUAUGACGUGAAACUGACUAUAAAUCAAAGAAAAAUUUAAGCAUCUUGUAAAAAGAUUGUUAUAUGUACAUCAGGACAUCAUCAUUUGUGUUCUAUGGUGGUUACUAGGUUUUCAAAGAAUAAAAUCACCUUUGUUUUGCUAAAUUAUGUGUUUGUUGCGCUAAUCAGAGGCCCGUUUUAGAUCAAUUUUAAGGUAAGAAUCGGUGUAUUUCUAAACAACGAAACUGAUUUGGCUUUGACAAUUCAUUUUCACUUACCAAAUACAGAAUAAGGGCUUCUUGUCAACAAUUUGGUUUGUUUAUGGCCUGAAGUAGGCUCAAAAUUCCAUUUUGCAUCACCUUAGAGGGGCAUGAAGUGUUUGUUCCAAAAAUUCAAUAAACCGAAAUAAGCCAAAUUUUUCUCAACUGAUUUUGAUAACUGGGUGAGUAAAGUAAACAGUGGUAUAGGUUUGGAAGUUAUGCAAGAAGGCAGGUGAAUAUAGUGUAAUUUUGAAAAAUGGCUAUUUUGGGUUGUAAUUUUAACAUCAAUUUUGGCCAAACUCUAGCCCCAGGCUCCUCUCUGUACAAUACCUUGAGGACAAAGUUACAUGCAUGAACUGAAAGCUCUAUUAUAGUAGAGUUCAUCGUCAAAUUCAUUUGGCAGCACAAUGUACCAGUGGGGUCUUAUCACACUUUCAAAAUGCCCCCUGGAAGGCUGGAUUUUUGGUGCUCAAAGGGCAAAAAAUGAGAUCCCCCCUGUAACUCCAAAACUAAAACUCAGAGAAGUGCGCCAAAGUGGCUUUUGAAAUAUCUCAUGAUACCCAAUUUCUGUGCCAAGUUUCAGCCAAAUUGGUUGACCACAACUUUUGGCCCCUGGAACACUUUCUCAGACAAUGACACUUAAAAUAGUCCUUGCGGGAGACUAAAUGUUAAUAAUCUAGCUGUGCAAUAAACGCGCCUGUAAAAAAGUCGUUACUGGUUUGAUUCAUUCUCGAUGUACGCAAAUUAUUGUGCACCCGGCCCACUCUUCACAUCCCUCCGAGGAUUGAUGGCGUUUAUAAAGCUCUUUUUCUAUUUAUUUUUCAGCGGGAAAUGGACGCCUUGAAUCAAACAGAAAAUUGUACCAUUCCUGAAUGUCAAAAAAACGAAGGAAAUAACGGCGGUAACCAGGAAGAAGACAACGUCACCAACAUGAUCUUCGUUGCUGCUUAUAUCGUCAUUAUCAUGCUUUCAUUGGCUGGCAAUUCGCUUGUCAUUCACCUUGUGCGAACUCGCAGGGACAUUCGCCAAAACCCGUUCAACUGGCUUUUGGCCAACACGGCUGUAGCUGACGUAUUGGAUGUGUUAACGGCUUCCAGCUUUACCAUGUCGUUCUUCAUAGCUGGAAAGCGAUGGAUACCUGGAAUAGUGGGAAACCUUCUUUGCAAGCUCAUACCAUUCAUCUUGAAUAUCUCUAUUAGUGUUGCUAUCUGGACGCUGACAGUGAUUGCCGUGGAAAGAUUUCUGGCUAUUGUGUACGUCCGACGGAGACCCAUGUCUUCUAGAGCAGUGGUGCGUUCAGUCUUUGGUUUGUGGUUGUGUUUCAGUGUGAUUUUCAGUGGCCAGCUGUACACGUUUAAAACCUGGGAGACGGAAGAUGGAAUUGUUGAGUGCAUCGAAGAGUGGCAUGAUUUCCCUGAAAUAUCUCACAUUCUUUUCAAAGCCGAACUGAUGUUUAAACUUGUUGUUACCUAUGCAAUCCCUUUGACCAUCAUGACGGUCCUAUAUUCGUUGAUCGCCUGCUUUUUAUGGAGACAUAAACCACCCGGACAUGUUAACCAACAGGCUUAUGCAAAACAAGCAAAAAAACGUCGUUCAGUCAUCAAAAUGCUGGUGACAGCUGUCAGUGUGUUUACAAUUUGUUGGCUUCCUUUGCAUGUAGGUCACAUGAUGUCAGUGUUUCAAACCAAUGCUUAUGAAGACAUCCCCAAUGUUUUCCAGUUGUUCUUCUUUUGGCUGGCGCAUGCAAAUGCUGCAAUUCAUCCCUGGUUGUUUAUUGUCUUCAGCGAAAAACUGAGGGUAGAAACAAAAUUAAUGUUUCUGCGAUCGAUUCACUAA